CUGCUGGAGGGUCUUAACAAGCUUCUCCCUAGCCCAGUCGGUUGCAUAUAAAUCGACGUAGGGUUCCGAACUCUCCUCUUCCGACUCCGAGUCUCUCCCCGGAAAAAUUGACAAACUUUCUGGGGGUUUCUCUUCCGCAAUGAAACUGAUUACUUUCCCGGAAAUUACAACCUGCUUUCAAUACUUUUCCCUUCAUUUUCCCGAGAAAAUCUCCAAUAAAUUGAUAUUUCAAUAUCUUACCUCCUCGAUUUAGUCUUAAAUCGUUUUUAUUUUUGAAAACAACUUCGCUCAAUUUGCUUGUUUUUAGGGUUUUCUGCGUGAAUCUCGUUUUAGGAGGCCGAACUGUAUUUAUUGCGAUUCGAAAGAGUUCAACAAUACUAGGGUUUAGUGAAUCGGUUUCAAGGGAUUGGAUUGAAGAUGGGCGGUGCGGAUCAGAUUGAUGAUCGGACGUUUCGGUUAAAUUUUUUGGGCGACGGAGCGGCGAAGCUGCGAGACAGAGUGAAUGAGAAACUGAAGGAGUUCAUGGGGGACUACACUGACGACACUCUCGUGGAGUAUGUGAUUGUCUUGCUAAAAAACGGCAGGUGCAAAGAAGAGGCAAGGAAUGAGUUGAAUGUCUUUUUGGGGGAUGAUAGUGAUUCUUUUGUAUCUUGGCUGUGGGAUCAUUUAGGAUCAAAUAUUAAUCUGUACGUACUACCUCAGGAGUCUCUUUCGGAUGAAGCUGCCAAAGAAAAGCCCACAACUGGGGAUCAGAUGGCAAGAAAUGAUUUACACCACUUGGAUUUCAAAUCUGAUAGAGGAAAGUCUAGUAAAUUAUCCAGAAGCCGGCACAAUAGGGAGUGGAAAACUCUAGUAAGGGAUGUAGAUGAACCACCCCCUUUUCAAAGCUCUGCGAUUGAUAAUGUUCACACAGAUGAGAGAACUCGUGGUAAGGUUGGUCAUGUCGAACGAUCUCAUUCUCCACAACCCGUAGCUCAAAAGAAGAGUGGUCGUGCUGAACAAUCUCAUUCUCCACAACCCAUAGCUCAAAAGAAGAGAAGCCGGCCUGAUGAACACCAUCUAAUGAAGAGGGGAGUAGCUUCUCAAUCAACCAUUAAUGCUCCUCGAAGGCUUCUGCAAUUUGCAGUUCGGGAUGCAGUGGCCACUUCAAGGCCAUCCAAUUCAGUGUCAGAGCCUUCACUAAAGCGUUUACGUUCUGUGGUUUCUACAUCAGCUGUAAACUCAUCAGUUGAAGCCCGUCCUCGUAGAUUUCAGUCAAUUGCAAGAGUGCCUAAUGCCAUGGUGACUGCUAUUAAAGCUGUUGAAGAAGCUGCCAAGGAUGUCGUGAAAAACAGAUCAUCGGGAAAUGUUUUUGAUAGGCUUGGUCGUGGUAUGGAUAUAUCACAGGCCAGUGACCAACUGACAGAAUUUAGAGAAGUUGCAGUUGAAGAUGUGGAAUAUGGAGAUUUUAACCGAGUUUCAGAGGAGACACGCUUAAAUUUUCUCCCGAAAAGUGAAUACACUGGAGAUUCUGUUGGGGAUGUGACAAUGUUGGAAACUGAUACUGGAAUGGCUUCUGACUCAGCAUCUGAUAAUGAAAGAUAUGAUGAUGUCAAUGUUAUGGGUCGUAGGGUUAUGGAUGUUUCUCAGAUUGGCACAUCUGGUGGAAAUGAGGAUCAGGACUCACUGAUGGUGCGGUAUAGUGUGGCUAAAAAUUCUGAUGAAAUUAUGCGGAAACCACGGAAAGAUCAGGAUCAAUCUGCUCUUGCCGCUAACACUUCUCGUAAGAUAGUUAAUAUAUCAGUAAAUGUAAAUACGUGGAAACCAACUCAUUAUCCGGAGCCAAGAGAGGUUUCAGAAAUGGAUAAUCGGAAAUCUGUUCAGGAGAGUGAGGCAGGACUGGGCAAAUCUGGUUUGUGGCUGAUGAACGAGAAAAGCAACCCUGUAACUGCUGGUAAUGGAAAUACAAAACCUGCUGCAGAUACUCAGAAGGAGCCUCAGAAGAUGCUGCCUACCCCCUCUGGUUUAUAUUCUACUGGUCGGCCUGCUGAAGAUGCUGAUUCUCGGACUAUUUUUGUCAAUAAUGUUCAUUUUGCUUCUACCAAGGAUAGUCUUUCACGGCAUUUUAACAAGUUUGGGGAAGUGCUCAAAGUAAUAAUUGUGACUGAUGCAGCAACAGGGCAACCAAAAGGGUCAGCAUAUGUAGAGUUCAUGAGGAAAGAUGCUGCAGAGAAUGCAUUAUCGCUGGAUGGCACCUCGUUUAUGUCGCGUAUUCUCAAGGUUGUGAGGAAAAGCUCUGCUCAAGAAGCUGCACCUAUGAUGACGUGGCCGCGUGUUGUGCGUGGAUCGCCAUUUGCUCCCCAAAGAUUUGCAAGAGUUCCUUUUCCGAGAGGCAUUUCUAGUGUAUACAGAGGUCGGCCCCCAAUCAAACCUGGUGCUAGGAGCAUGCAGUGGAAGCGGGAUGCUCAGCCCACUCCAAGCGAGAGUGGUCCCACAGUAGGCUCCGGUAACACUGUUCCCUCUCCUGCUGUCCGAAGUCUCACUUACAUCCGAACAGAGCCUAAAACAAAUGGGAGUUCUGGCACUGCCUAAUUCAUCAAUAUCUCUCUUUUUGCCACAAUGUCGUGGCUGCAAAAAUUUUGAGGCACUUACCAGAUGGAGCUGAAAUAGAAGUGUUAUGUUUGGAGUAUCAUUAUUCUUUGCAUGGUUGGGGAUGAAAACUAGGGUUUGGGCUGAAUGGGAGUUGAUCGAUCCUCAAGGGUUUCUUUAUCUUUUUGUUACAUGAAUUUUUCUUUUUCUUUUUUAUUUUUAUUUUUAUUUCAAGUUUUUCCUUAUUUCUUUUGUAAUUUUUCGGAGUAUUUGGGGAAGGGGGUGGGGUUGCUGAAGGUGCAGUUAUUAGGGGUGUCAGUUUAUUUGGCUCAACUGGUUGCAGUUAUUUUUACUGUUUAGUUGAAAGCUGUGAAUAGGUGGUUGAGAUACAUAUUUAUGUUUAAUCUUUUUUCAUUUUUUUAUUAUUGCUAGUAGAAGGCAUAAAAAGAGAAAAAAAUGCAGUGUUCUUGAUAUAUGAAUUGGGAGUCCUUAUAGGUAUCUGGUUAUGUACGUGUUUUGUUUAUAUAUGCAUUGAUAUGGACAGAUUAUU